UUUGGUUUGUUGAGCUGUGCAAUUCUGCUCGUGUUGAAAAAAUCAUCUUUUUACAACUACUCUCAUAAAUUACUAUUAUCGUGCACAGUAUAACGCUCCAUUUUUUUUCCGAAUUUUCAACACGAAACAAGUAAUCAAGAAGUAUUGAUGUGAGUAUUGUCCACGCAGUUCGGCUCCACCUCGAUCAAUACUAUAAUAAAGCCAAUAAAACACACGCGAGCGAACGCACUCGCAACAGCUAAUCACCUUCAUUUAAAAAGUCUUCCAUGCAAUCCAUAACUUAUCGCCAGUUGGAACAGACAAAUACAAACAGUUCUUAUCGCCGUCACCGUAUGUGGCAAUUGCAGCGAACGGCCCUAAUCAAAAGAGAGAUACUGUGCGACCGAAGCUUCGAUGACGGUUCGAAUGAGAGGCCUUCCAGUUCGAAUCUGAAGCACAACAAUGGAUGCACUUGAACGGAAGCUGGUUGACGAGUUCUUGGCGUCGAAUGCCGCUGUCCAGGUGUUGGAAAGGCUAAGAACGCAAGCGGAACGACUGCUAGCGGCGGGUGCGAAAUAUGGUUUGGUAUUGACGGAUAGCACAUUCACGGCCGCUACCAGGCAGCAGGUGUUCGAGUUCUUGGCAAAUGUUGUCAACUUGUCCGCGAGACGCAGCGCACAUGCAUUGGAAGGUGAUCAGCUUUUGGAUGUUCGAACGGAGCCUGUACAGAAGUUGGUCGCUGAAAUGGCCGCACUCCACUUGGCGGUCCUGCCGGUGGUUUUGGUGUCACUGGAAGCUGAUCGGAGGUACUGUUUGAAGGAGUCCAUCGUGGUGAAAGUGACUACCAGGGCGGGUGACAUAAGCUACAUGGAUCUCGACGGAAGAUGUUGCACGCAGCUGGAUUAUUUGUUGCAGAAGUCGAAACUCCCGUUUGGAAUAUUGUGCUACGUGGAGGCGGACAGUGUGUUGAAGGUGGACGAUCAUCGGGCGGCAAUGAAGUACAAAGUGGUUGGUCGUCGAUUGAUGUUUCAGAGCGUUGCGGAUGGAUUGCUGACGGCGUUCAGCAUCGUGGGCAGUUUGGGAUUGAUAAUCGCUACUGGUGUCUGGAUCACGGCAGUUGGUUCGCUGACCGCUGCUACUAGUUUUUAUUUGACCAUAAGAGGUAUCAUGGGCUUCUACGAAUUACGACGGCAAGGCAAUCUACGACCGCAACGCUGCGCAUUGUUCAACAAUCUCAUUCUGGCGAUAUUCAACUUGGCGUCGCUUGUAUUUAUUAGCCUUCCGUACAGCUUUGGAACAAUAGCAUUGAAAGGACCAUCCAAAUGUUACCUGGUUAUGUGCGCCUUCGUGGAUAUUUGGUGGCUGAUAAAGAGGAAACCAAUUCAUACCAGAAGUUGGGUAGAUUUGUGAAGGAGCCAAUAGUGUAGUAUUCAUCAAAUUCUUGUUAAAUGUAGAAAUUUAAUAGUGUGGAUUCGUCUAAGGUUUGUAUUCCUGAUAUUUGAACUCGAUUUUUUUUGCAGUUUGUGGGACAAUGACACAUUUCACAUGCAAAAACAAAUAAAAUUUCCAAUUGGGAAUUAGAAAAUAUACCAUUAUUUGGAAAUAGAUAUUCUACAAUAUGAGCUCCCAUAAGAUGGAUGAAGCAAGAAUGAGCCACCAGAGGCCAUGAAUAGAUAACCUCAAAUAAAAAAAUAUUUUGGAUACUUGCGCAUAGCAAAAAGAA